AACUGUGUCCUUAACGAACCAUCAUGUCGAAAUACGCUCCGCACCAUCGCUCAAGCAACAACCCUACAGCGACCUCAUCUACUGUAUGCCAAAAGUGCUUGGGGACGGGUCAUUUCACUUAUCAGUGCAAGAAUACCCGCCCGUACGUGUCGCGGCCUUCAAGGACGCAACAAUUGGAGAACCCCCGUGUACUGGCAAAGUUGAAGGCGGAGGGAAAGCCCUCGGUGGAGGUGCCGGAAGAAUUCAAGAAUCCGUUAGUGGUCGAUUCUUUCUUCUUCUGUGGGGUGUGGAAGCUGACGGGCUAUGAGCAGGAAAGGCACUGCCAAUAAGAUAU